UGUGCUCAGCAAUUACUGGAGGAACAGCAACAAGUGCGGCAGGAACAGCAGUAUAUAAAAGAGAAAGAAAGGCAGAGAACGGGGCGUCCUACAACUGGCAGGAAGACACGCAGGGGUAGGUCAAAAGCUGCUCAGUCAGAUUCUAAGCGGCAACAGCAACUGAAACAGGAGCAGGAGCAACAGGAAACAGAGGAGCACGAAGUUAAGCUGGAAUUGGAAGAACUGGACCACCAACAGGAAGAAGAACAUGCACAGGAAGAGGAAGAAAACAAAGAACAAGAACAGCAACUGGAUGAUCCAUCAUCCCCUAGGAAACGUCGGGAUGGGUGGGAAAAAUAUCCGUGGAUGUGUACUGAUUGUUCUCAGGAAUUACCAAGUAUGCAAGCACUGCGUACACAUCACCAGACAGAUCACAAUCAAGCUCCUCGGUUUAUGUGUGCUCAGUGCUCCAAGGUUUACAUUAAGUACUAUGGUUUUGUUAGUCAUGUACGGCGGCAUCGCAACCAUAUGAAAUUCUGCUGUGAAGAAUGUGGAAAAUGUUUUUCAAACAAGAAAGUUCUUGAGUCACAUCGUGCCACGCAUUCAGAUGCACGUCCAUUUGUCUGUUCAGAAUGUGGCAAGACCUUUCGCCAACAGAGUGCACUCUAUGUUCACAACCGGUCCCAUCAACCUGAAGAAGUGAAAAAUAGAUAUCCCUGUGACCAGUGUGAUAAGCGGUUUUCAACAAAACCAAACUUAGUUACACACAAACGAAUCCACACAGGGAUUCGUAAUUUCACAUGCGACCAGUGUGGCAAGAGUUUUAUCCAAAAGGGUAAUCUGGAUGCCCACCUGCUCACACAUUCAUCAGACAAACCCCAUUCCUGUCCUGUAUGUAAUAAGGGGUUUAAGACUCCACUUCAGUUGCGGAAACACCAAACAGUACAUACAGGUGCGAAACCACAUCAGUGUGAUGUGUGUGGCCGUCAGUUCCGUGAACGAGGGACAUUGAGGGAGCAUCAUCGUAUCCAUACUGGUGCAAUGCCUUUUACUUGUGAAUAUUGUGGUAAAAGUUUCCGCUUCAAGGGUAUACUUACGACACAUCGCCGUCAACACACAGGUGAAAGACCAUACUCUUGUUUGGAAUGUCAGCAUCACUUCACCAAUUGGCCCAACUACAAUAAGCAUAUGAAACGUCGGCAUGGUAUAAACACAAGUCACCAACCAGAUCCUAACAAAAUUGCGGUGGCAGCAGCCGCAGCCGCAGCUGAAGCAGCAGCAGCAGCAGCAAGUAACAGUACUCUUCCCUCUGUUGUGUCUGCCACUAUGGCAACCCACAAUAUCUAUGUAAAUCAGAGCUCAAACACAGGACAUGAUGAACAUCUAGUGAACCGUGGUGAUCGUGGAGUGCAGUUUUAUAACCCAGCCCCUGUGCCCCCAUACGCGGCAGCUCCAUUACCUGCAGGAACAAUGUUAGGAUUCUACAAUAUUCCUCAGUUACAACAGAGUAUGGACACAAGUACCAUUGAAAUGCUACAUUCUGUGCAGCAAAGGUAACUUCUAUGAUCCUCAUACCCUGUUACAAGAAAUGGAAAUUUACAGUGCAAGAAAGAUCAUUGAAUUGUACCUGUUAAGUAAACAAGUGUUAUCAGAGUGCAUACAUUUGUUUUAUGUAUUACAAUUACAUUAUAACCUCAAUAGAAUGAG